AUGAAGCAUGAAAAUAUAAAAUUUCAAGGAUGCCAUUCUGGCAUCCAGACCCCAAAUCGAAGUUUUCAGUCAAUUAGACUUCGAAAUCUUAACGAAGAAAGACUACGCAUAAAAUCUUUAGAUAAAAAAGAUCAGCUGCUAUCAAAAAUCCAAAGUGCAUCCGAUAUAUUUGAAAUUGAGCACAGCUGAGCCGGCCUAAAAGAAUGCAUGAUCCACACUCAAAGAAAUGGAGAUUCUACUCCAAAACUAAAACUGCCUCUAAGUAAAACUAAAAUCCGUGAUCUUUCUCCUAACAAUACCUCAUUGCUCUGCAGCAUUGCUAUGGCUACUCAGCAAGCUCUUUCUACUAUCAAAUUCUUAGAGAAGAAAAGGACAGAAUCAGGAGCAAGGUCAAACGACGUCAGCUUUGAAAAGAUUUCAAAAGAAAUCAGUGAUGACAAAAACAUCUGUAACAACUCCUUCAACCAUUAUAAAAGCAAUCUUGAAAAUGUUAAAUAUGAUUUGACACCUAUAAAAGAGUACGAUAACUCAAAUCUCAGAAAACAAUAUUCUCCAAUCAAUUUUAAAACAAAAUCGCCUUUCCAGAGAGCAGUGACAACUACUCAGAAACCUCCGAAAAGUAAUAAAUUAACUCCGUCUAGCAAGACAUCAAGAGUUAUAGAUACAAAAAUGAAAAAUUUGCUGAAUACAAGCCAAGACUUCAAAAGGAGACCUUUAUCUCCAUUUGAUGUGAAAACAGAUAAAAUUUUGAAAAAUUGCCAGACUAAGAUGGAGGAUUUGAAAUUUGAUGAGAAAAAGAAGAUAGAAAGAAAAAACAAGCCGAAAAAAUUAUCAAAAGCGCAAGAAUUCAGCCUUUUAGAUAGGCUCCAGCACACAGCUAAUGUAACAAGAAUACUUGAAAGACUUAAUAAUUAA